AUGGGGCCUCGGCCGGCCGUUGCAAGCCAAAUUAGAGAUUCGCAACACAUUGGGAGUAAUCAUCAGGCGUUGUGCAGCUGUUUGGCUGCUGCCGCUGCUCACUCGACGGUUCUGGUCACAGGGGAUCAGCAAGUUCAAACGUUUUCGGCGAUUCCAGCCUCGUGGAAUGUGUUUCUGCCGAACUUCGGGCUUCCGAAGCUGUCCAGCAGAGCUCCUUUAGACAGGGAGGCGGACAAUGUCCAGCCAGCCUUCUACGGGCGUGUUGUAAUGGAGCCUGGUGCCACGAACGAGACGAGGAGUUUGGGCUGUGCCGAGUUGGCUGCCACACCACAGGUAGAAAGCCUUGCUCUCCUGGUUGAACGGGGCCUUUGCACCUUUCGCGAGAAGGCUACCAAUGCUUUCAAUGCGGGCUACAAAGCCCUCGUUGUUUCAAACACCAUCAGUGGCUUGGCAAAGGUUCCAGACAUGACAGCUGGCAGUGCGACGGAAGACCGCGAUGUUGAAAUACCUGCCUGGUCACUGGAUCUUGCCGCUGGACAGGUGCUCAGAGACUGGAUCUUCACAGAUGCCAGACUUGUGAUGCAGGUUAAAGAUCUGCCCCGGCGCCCACGCUUAGGUCCCUUCCAAGAAGAUACCUUCGGUUUACGGCAGGUGUUCUUGAAGUGA